GAGCGAAGGAUCUCUCUUAAAACUAUGGAAUCUGUCUGGAGUCAUUAUUACAGUGUUACCAAGAAAAUGCUCUUUUUCGUUGGACAGUGGCCUUACCAAAAGAAAAAAGAUAAGGUGCUCCGACUGACUCUACUGAUUACAUUUGAAAUUUCUUUGGUGGUUCCGCAGAUAGCAAAAUUAUUUCAAUGUGGUAAAAACAUGCAAUGUAUUUUAUUGUGUAUACCGUCGGCUUUAGUGUUCAUUGUGAUUCUGAUAAAAUUUCUCACUUGUCAAUUUUUGAAUUACAAGAUUAAACAUCUCAUCGAUCAAUUGUAUAACGAUUGGAAAAUUUUGAAAAGCCCGAAAGAAUGCGAAAUUAUGAAAGCAUAUGCAGCAAAAGCGAGAUUGUUUACUUUGAUUUGUUCUAUAUUGUAUCUCAUAUGUUCUCCAUUGUACUUAUGUACUACCCUUAUACCAAAGAUAUUAGAUAUUGUCUUACCCCUGAAUGAAUCCCGACCUAUAAUCAUGCCUUUUGAAGCUUACUAUUUCGUUCAUGACGACACAGAAUAUUUCUACUACAUUUUAUUCCACGCUGCCAUUACUGUAACAUUACUUAUAACAGCUCUACUCGCACACGACUGCGUAAUUUUGACUUGCAUCGAACAUGUCUGCGGUAUCUUUGCCGUGGCUGGAUUUCGUUUCGAAAACUUGGUAUAUAAUCAUAAUAGAAAGAAAAAUUAUACAGAUAAGAUAUAUAACCAAAAAAUGGCUUCAUCUGUUUGUGUACACUGGCGAGCUUUAGAAUUCGCUGAGUUUCUUGACAAAACUUUCUCCGUAACUUUAAUUAUACAAAUAUUUGCAACUGUCAUCGGAAUGAGUGUUACCUUGCUGCAAAUAGCAAUGCAAUUAGAAAAUGUUGUUGAAACAUCAAGAAACGCAGCAUUGAUUUUGGGCCAAUUGAUUCAUAUAUUCUGCUUCUGUCUGCAAGGACAAAAAUUGAUAGACCACAGUUUAAAAAUACACGACAAAAUAUAUAACUGUUCCUGGUAUAAAAUGCCAGUGAAAUCGCAAAGGCUACUACUGAAUGUGAUGAGAAGAAGUUUACAACCAAACAUGUUGAACGCAGGAGGGAUAUAUAUCUUUUCAUUAAAAAGCUUCAUGACGGUUUUACAAUCUUUGAUGUCAUAUUUUAUGGUUCUCGCAUCCUUUCAAUAA